AUGAUUGAUGCCCGUGUGGACAGCGGUGCCGAACUGGAACUUCCUCAAAGCAUUCCUGAAGAGUCGCUCAUGGGAACGGGGACGGAGGAGAACAGCGAAACGCUGAAGCUCAUGUCCACGCCGCGAUGCUCGCUCCCAGACAUCGUUGGAGGCGAGGAGAUGAGGAGGAGGAGAAGGAGGAGGAAGAGAUACGCUCUGUCAGGCCUGAAGUGGCACAAGACAGACCUCACAUGGAGCGUCCAUAGUUUCCCAUCAAGAUUCUCCGCUAGGCCUGAACAGGUGAAAACUCUCCUGGCUUUCGCCUUGAAGGCCUGGAGCGACGCCACUCCGCUGAACUUCAGACAGCUGCCGGGCGACGGCGAGGCCGGAGGGGACAUCAGAGUUUCUUUUGCCUCCAUGCUCCAUAACGACGGGUAUCCGUUCGACGGGCAGGGCGGCACCCUGGCCCACGCCUUCUUUCCUGGCGUGGACGAAGUCAGCGGCGACACACACUUUGAUGACCAUGAGACCUGGAGCUACGGAGGUGGCGGCAGCACCACAGACCUGUUCACCGUGGCGGUUCACGAGUUUGGCCACGCUCUCGGCCUCUCUCAUUCCUCCUCGGAUCCGUCCAUCAUGAGGCCGUAUUACCAGGGUCCGGUGGGAGACGUCUCCCAGUACAAGCUGGAUCUGGACGACAGGCUGGCCAUCCAGCAGCUGUACGGCGCGAGAGACGACACACAACCAGGUGGAGUUAAUCCUGACCCACCGCUCUUUCCGACUCCUCUUCCCCCGAGAUCAACAAGGCUCCCUGAGCCUUCAUCCGAUGAGCGAUGCCAGGGAAGCUUUGAUGCAGUAGCAAACAUUAGAGGAGAGGUUUUCUUUUUUAGAGGUGCACAUUUCUGGAGAACUAAGCGAGACGGCUCUUUGGUGUCCUUAAGGCCGGCUGUAAUCACCAACUUUUGGAUUGGCCUUCCGACAGGAACAAACAAAGUCGACGCCGUUUAUGAGAGAAAAAGCGACAGCAAAAUCAUCUUCUUCAUCGGCUCGCAGUACUGGGUCUUCAGCGACACAAAGGUGAUGAGCGGUUACCCUCGGCCCCUGUCCGACUGGAGAAUGACGACGCCGAGCGGCGCCGCGGUGGACCGGGUGGACGCCGCCUUCGUCUGGGCCCACAACGGGAAGACGUACCUGUUCAGCGGGGGUCAGUUUUGGAGGUUUGAUGAAAGCCAAAGAACAGGCAACCAGGAGCCAGACCCCGGCUACCCACGGGGCAACGACGUCUGGACGGGAAUGCCAUCCCACAUGGAUGAUGUCAUCACCUGGGGUGAAGGAGACGCUUACUUCUUUGAGGGCGACUUCUACUGGGUGAUGAAGGACGGAGGAAUAAACCAGGAGUAUGUCUCUCCGAAGGCCACCGGGAUGGACUGGCUGCGGUGUCCGGGUCCUCCUCCGACGGCUGCGCCGCAGAAUCCUGGGAAGCCAAAGGAAUGCAGCUGUGCCUUCAACAGAUCGUCUCUGAGGAACGACUGUCUGCUGCUGGUUGCCGUUAUGCUGAUAAUUAAUGGGUUGAUUUCUGUAUAUAAUUAACUAAUGUGGGCUGUUUUCUCUACACUGGAGCAUACACGGGACUCCUUUCCACCAUCAUACAGUUUUCUUUCUUGAAUUAAAGGGUUUACUUGCAGGAUUUGGCAACCCUAAGACAGGAGCACUCUCCCAUCUCGGUUGUGUUUCACAUAUUUGUGUUUGUAGGAUAAAAAUAGACAAAAAUGCUUAAAUAUCAGCCACUUUGGUAGAGAUUGGUAUUCAACACCAUUAGUCAGCAAAUGGAGAUUUUCUUUCACAUUAUGAUAUCUGAUCCAGACAAACGAAUUUAGAAGGUUAGAAGAUUAAAACUGAGGCGCCGUCUUCUGAUUUCCAAAUCUAGUUCUUCUAAUAUAUUGUAGAUGUUUUAAAAUGUAUUCAACCAAUUAUGCAUUAGUUUAUUCUGUUUUUAAAUUAUUGCAAUUUGAAAUAUGGUAGUUAGAUUUUGUUCGUCUUGCACAACUUCUGAUUAUAUUUUCUUAUCUCUGUUUCUUUAUUAAGGUUCGCAGCUUAAUAAUCGUCUGAAUUUACUUGUUUUUAGGUUAAUAAUAUUUGGAUAAAGGGCUGUUAUGAAUGAAAUCCUCUGAGAUUCACACAGAGGAACUUGAAAUGCUUGUUUUGAUGGAGUUCUCAGUGUAAAAUGAACAAUCAGGCAUAUAAUUGCAAAUAUUCAAAAAUGUAAUCAGAACCUCUCACUAUCUGUCUGAUUUUUUAGGGUUUUUUGGUACAAUAAGAGCACAAAAUGAAUUUUGUGCGCAUUGUUUUUGUCGGGUCUAAAUCGCCCAGUCAAAGGUGAUUUGACUGGGCCAAGCUGAACUCUUUCCCCAGGAACUUAAUUUCCCAGAAGCUUUUAUAUUGCUUUGGCGUUAUGAGGGCUGCUGCCGUGUUGCUGCUUUGGAAACUUAGCAAUUACAGGAACCUCUGAGACACUGGAUGGCCCACCGGCAACGCUGGACACUUUUUUACUUCCACAGAGUCAAAAUAAAAUAAACAGUGAAAGCAUAAAACGUUUUUAAAGAGCAGUUAUGGUUUAAGAUUUAAGUAAAGUAGGCAACAGGAAUGUAUUUAGGCUAAAUUGCACCAAUUGUAACUUCCUGUUGGGGUGAAAAUGAGAGUAAACCUUAUUAUUUCUGUCAGUGAUUCUGACAUAUGUAUGGAGAAAACCUGCAAGUUUCCUAAAGAGGAAGGCGAGCUUCCUAUUUAGCAACAUGAAUUGAAUAAAUUAUCACAGCAAUAAAAAAAAUCUGUGUAUGCUUAAAGCAACAUGCAGUGUUUGUGAACACACACAUUGUAACAGGUGGUAUCAAAAUUCACAGGUAUUUUGGAUUAAUUAACUCGUGCAAAAGAUUUUUUCAGAUUUUUUUUUGUCAAUGUUAAAGUUUUGUAUUUUUCUUUUAUUGUUUUUUAUUUUUUCUGUCUGAAAUGAAGCAGAUCUAAAGUGCUACAAACAUUGCACUCCAGUGUGUUUCCUUCCUGUACUCUAACUGGGUCUGUGCUCGCUGCUGCGUUUGAAUGUUGUAUUUGCAAACAAUAAGACAAAUCACUUCUGUGUUUAACUUUAAAUUACUGCUGUGGAA